UAGACUACUUGGAAGCGCGUACGUACGGUACACUUGUAUAUAUAGAUUUGCUAAUUGAUUCCUCCUGGCGAAUUGGAAAGAAUAAUUUCCGUCAAACUGCAUCCGAAAACUCCACACUGACUUUUUUUUUUUUGGAGCUUUUCAUUAAUUACCGGUCUUUGUUUUGAAGGCAAGCCUUUCAACUCCCUACUCCAAACUCCACACUGACUUUUUUUUUGGAGCUCUUCAUUAAUUACACAUCUUAUGCCAUUUUAUGCUGUUUUAGCCUUGAGUUUCCUUUCUUGGAUUUUCUCUUCUUGAUCUGUGCUUUAGUUUGCUUAGUUUUUCUUCUUUGUAUGACGUCCUUUAUUUCAUUUCUUUAGUCAACAGCAAGGAUGAUAACGGGGGUUUAAGGGCGGCCUCAACAGAAACGAUAAAAAGGAAAAGCUUCUUUAAUGGAAAUCGCUUCAGGAAAAUGGUUAUCUGAACUGGAAAUGGGGGAUCCCACGUUUUUCCCACAACAGCAAAUGAUGAACCCUAUUGACUAUCCAUUUGAUGAUAUAAAUUUCCAAUAUUUUUCUUCUGAGAGCUAUUCAUCAUAUCCAAAUGUCGACCAGAAAUUCUCCCACAACAAUAAUAUCAAUGGUUUAUGCAUUGAAGCUAAUUUUCAUCAGAUCGACGACUUUAAAAGGCCAAUCAAACAACAGAUCAAGACCACCAGCUGGAACUCUUGUAUCACAGAAAACAUCCCACCAAAGGCCGCUCCUUCCUCCUCUUCCCAUAUAAUCUCCUUCGACAACUCAAAUUCAUCAGCAGCUAUAUCUCAGCAAUACUAUGGUCUAGACUGUGAUGAAAAACCAAAAAAUGAGGUUUCAAAAAGGGUCGGUUCAUUGACUAGGACUCCAUUACAUUCUCAAGAUCAUGUAAUUGCUGAAAGAAAACGCCGUGAAAAGCUCAGCCAGAUGUUCAUAUCUCUUUCAGCACUUAUUCCUGGCCUGAAAAAGAUGGACAAGGCUUCUGUUCUUGGAGACUCUAUCAAAUACAUGAAACAGCUUCAAGAGCGAGUGGCUACGCUUGAGGAACAAGUGGCUAAGCAAACAGUGAAAUCAGUGAUUUUUGUGAAGAAAACCCAAAUUUAUGCAGAUGAUGAGACAUCUUCAUCUGAUGAGAACUUUGAUAGCCAACCUAACAAGCCCUUCCCCGAGAUCGAAGCAAGAGUUUCAGACAAGGAUGUGCUCAUUAGAAUCCACUGCGAGAAACAUAAAAGGUGCAUAUCAAAUAUCAUAAAUGAAGUGGAAAAGCUUCAUCUCUCUGUGGUCAAUAGCAAUGUCUUGCCGUUUGGACAAGCUACUCUUGACAUAACCAUUGCUGCUAAGGUAAUUUCACAACCUUUUAGAAAUUCUGGCCAGGAACUUUUAUUUGUUUCUUCCUUUUCUAUUCAAUGUUUUGUUUAACUAAAAGUUCUAAUUACAACCCUUGAUUUAGCCUUAAUUUCAUGGUUAUUGUUGCAGAUUGAAACUGAGUUUUCAAUGACAGUGAAGGAUCUUGUUAAAAGCCUACGACUUGUAUUGCUGAAGUUCACUUGAUGAACUUGCAAAACGAUGUACACGUUAAGAAAACAAGAUUGCCCAUUGAUUUCCAUUUGAUAGGGAGAAAAUAACUAGGAAUUUAAGCCCUGUAGAGUUUUUUCUUUCUCCUUUUUUUUUUUGGAUCAUUGAUAAUUUUCUAUAUAGUUUAUCUUUGUUGGUUUUUUCCUCGGACCUUAAAGAGAGUAACAAUAUGGCCCGGAAAAUUUUCUCUCAAUAACAGGCGCUCUUCCUAGUUAAAUAAAUAGGAUGCCUCAAUUAAAAGAUUAGUCUGAUGGGUGAUUAUUAAUUUGCUAAAAGUA